AUGUGCAUCUCCCUCCUCUUCGUCCCUUACAUUCUCCUAGCCGAAGAGCUUAAAAUUGGCACCACUGAGGUACAUGAGAGGGUUGAGCGGCUUCCGGUUGUUAACUGCAUUUUAAAAGCAGAUCCAAAUGCAUUUCCCCAAGAAAUAUACCUGCGACUUCUUGUCUCUUUCUAUCACAUUUAUGGUGCACUUGAGCUGGCUUUGAAUGAAAAUUCGGAAGACCAAUUUUUGGGAAAAAUUUACUUUCCGACCGAGCUCCACAGGAAAGAGGCUCUUUUGAAGGACAUUAAUUUUUACUGCAAUCGGCUUCAUAUUCCAGCUGACGAGGUUCUUUCAAUCAUAACACCAUCGACCCGCACAUAUAUUGCACGAAUUGAGAAAUGUAAAAAUACGGAUCCAAAGCUAUUGAUCGCCAUAGCGUAUACCAGAUACUUGGGUGAUUUGUCUGGCGGGCAAAUUAUGAGCCGAAAGAUUACCAAAAUGUACGCGCUUGAUCCGCAAUCGGGUGGUGUUUCUUUUUACCAAUUUCCAAAUCUUGGAAUGUCUAUUGAUUCGUUUAAAAACCGCUAUCGAGAAGCUCUUAAUUCUCUCCCACACCUUUCCGAGGAUUCUGUUGAUUCGCUCAUUGCCGAGGCUGUCCUUUCUUUUAAUUUUUCUUCGGAGCUAUUUGAAGAGUUAUAUGUUACUCUUUUGGAUUUCCAAAAAAGAAACCGAAACAGGAAAAUUUUCAUUUAUGGAGUUGCAGUAUCCGUUGUAUCGAUUGGGAUAUUUUCAUACAGCAUUUUUAGAAGAUGCCAUAAAUAA